GAAUCAAACCCUAAAUACUCCCCAGCAACGCAUGUAUUUGCGCUGUCAAUAGCCUGGAAAGGAGCUUCUGUUCUGGCAGAGCCCAGAAGAUCUUCAGUGCAAAACAGACUGGAAGUCAUUAUUGGAAACGUGGAGGUCUCUUGAUAAUAUGAUUCAAGACGCACAUGCACUUCAAGUGCCGGUAACUAUAGGAGAUAGGUUUCCCUCAGAGCAUGCUGCGACAGCCAUAUCUCAGCCAGGGGGAAUGCUUACUUACACCCAGUCUAUGCGCCUUCGCGUAGUACCUCCUGGACUAGACACACACCUGGGUCUAGAUAGGUACAUCAAACUUUGCACAGAGACUGCGAAGCCAGUGGCCAGCAUAGAUCCAUGGCCUAUGGACAAAGAUGGAUUUCUCUUCAAGUUCAGCAAUCAAUACUUGAAUGUCUUGGCUCUCUCCCUUGGUGUCCACGAUAAUUGGGCCCGAAUGUCGGACCACUUAUAUUGGAGCAACCUGGAUCUUACUAUCAGAGAUACAGACUGGGAGACCUCUAGGAAGGCCCAAACCAGACGAGAGAUUUAUUUUUCAUCUUAUGAUUGUCGAUUACCUAUGAGGGAAUAAGCAGACGGGUUGCACUUGCCCAGACCUAUCUUCAGACUUGGAUUGAGGCCGAACUAGAAUUCGGCACUUUUGUUCUUGCAUGAGCAUGCUUUACAUUAGAAAAUAAUGGAAAUCCAUGAGUGAUGAUGUCAUUAAGUUUACAAAAAUCAUCUUUGGCUUUGACUGAACUAUUUUUUCCCAGUAGCCU